CUUUUUUUGACUUCCAUCCCAACCAAGUUAAAAAAAAAAAUAGAAAUAGCAAAAUGGAAACAGAGUAUCUUGAUGAAGUUAAUAGGGAGCUGCGGACAAUCGAACGCUUCUUCCAGAAGUAUUACGGCCCUGCUUUGUCAAGCUUGUCAAGCGUCUAUACUCCGGAACUACUGCCUCUACUUCACCCAGAGAGUGUUCUGGCUGGCCAUCAAGUAGGUUCUGCCUUUACCCAUACAACCCAAUCAACCUCGAGCCCUAUUAGCAACGAUAGCCGCCUUGAGAAUGAGAUAUUGGGAGAAGAACGCCUUGUCGAAAACCUAAGGGCAAGAUAUAUGCAAUUAAAGGCUGUUCAGGAUCAGCUUCAUCUUGAGCUGACUCGUCUGCGUAUCUGGAGCCUCACUAAGCAAACCUCAGAAUCCCAUCAACCACCUUUUACUGAUACUGUGGCAGCUACAAUUGCUGCUGCUGCUCCUGCUUCCAGCCCUACUGAAGUGAGAAGCAAGGAAAAGAAAAGUUGUACCCAAGUAUACCGAAGGGUUUGCAAUUUAUCCUUUUUAAUCAAUGCUAUUCUAAUGGCCUACAUUAUAAACCAGAUAUUAUCAAAUGCACUCCCGUUGCAACAGUCCUCUGAAGGUUCGCACAGGCAGAGAUACGCUUGGCCAAGACAUUAAAAAAAA